AUGGGCAACCGCUCUUCCAGCCACUAUCCACCACCGUCAGCAUGGUCCCAUGGGCCAUAUGGGGCUUACACAGUUCCCGCAGGAGCUUUUGAGGCAAAACGAGGGCUCAGUGGUGGUCCACCGGGAGCCUAUGCGGAGCCGUAUGUUCCCCAUCCACAGAUGCGUCGUUCGAUGAUAAGUCUGAACGCAGAUUCCGGCUAUAUGACAAGUCCAAGUGACUCGGAACGCCUAAGAAUGCGUGGAUCGAGAAUGUCCCUAAACCAUUUGGAUUUCGAACGGCAGAUGAUGUACCCGCCAGACCCGAAGACGAUGAAGAAGCUGGAGAAGAUGGAGAAGAAACAACAAAAAUUGCUGAAAAAGAUGGGACGAUCUGUGCCUCCAGCGGUUUUUCUGCCACCGCCACCUCCUAUGUACACUCGCGCAAUGUCUUUUGACGAUCUCAACAGGUAA